AUGAAUGCAGCAAUUUCAUUUUCAUUACCCAUACUUUUACAAAAAAAGAUAUUAGAGUUUAUUUUAGAAAAAGAUGUUGUUAUCUAUCAAUCAAAUAUGAAAAGUGCAUCAAUCAAUCUAUCUCUAGUAUCAUGGAAAUGGUUUGAAUGGGUUAGUCAAGUGUAUAGUGAUUCAUUGACAAACCUAGGGUUACAAUCUUUUUUCAAAAGGUUCACCGCCGAUCAAACAAUGCAAAAGAGAUUAGAAUCAAAAUAUUGUCUUUUUAAAAGUAUUAGUAAUUGGAAAACUGAUAUUGAUGGAGCCCAUGUAAUCAAUAUUAAUAGUGAAAUGAAAUCAAAUUUAAGAAUAGAAAUUGAAAAGCAAAAAGAAAUAGAAAUAGAAAUAGAAAAAGAAAAGGAAAAACAGAAAUCUUCUACUUCUUCUUCUUCUUUGACAAAGAAAAAAAAGACAACAAAUAUAUUAUCAAGUUUAUUUAAAAAAGAAAAAAAACAACAACAACAAAUAGAAGCAUCUAUCGAUACCGUAUUGUCAAUACCAAGAUAUACAUCAACUAUGUAUUUUAGAUUGGAGAGAAUGGAAUUUUAUAACAAAUUUAUGGCACAUGGUUUAAAAAGAUUGACAUUUGGGUAUAGGUCGUUGGGAACUGAACCAUUUUCAAUGGUUCCAAAUUUACCAGAAACGGAAUUGAUGCGCAUUAUGGAAUUGUCAAAAUCAACACUUCAAAGUUUAAAUAUCAAUCAUCCACAUAUUCCAAAAUGUAUUCCUACGUGUUUGAUUGAUUGUACCAAUAUCACUGCAUUGUCCAUUUCCAUCCCUCGAAAGAAAACAGAAACCGAUCAAUUCUUUAUUCGAAGCAUUGAAUUGGUUGCUAGAGGUUUGGAAAGCUUGUCCAUCUUUUUCCCUCUCAAUGCACAAGACGUACAAUUUCCAGAAAGUUUUAUGAUUGAAAACUAUCAAUACGCCAAAGACACGGUCGUCAAAGUACUCGACAAUGACGCUCUCAAGAGUAAUCUAAAGAUUCUACACGUUGAAUUUUUACCAAGUCUCGAACUUUCAAAUGUAUUGUCACAAUACACAUCACUCAAAGAAUUAAAGUUUAAUCGAUCUCGACUAUCAAGUAUCAAUCAACUAGGAGACAUGCAACCAUUUUUAAAUGAUUCCAAGGUAUCUAGUAUCAACAUACCAAUAGAUUGUUCAUUUGGCAAGUCCAAAGUACACUUAAACAAUCAUCUAUGUGAAUUGGUAUUCCAUUUAUACGCUUAUCCAAAGGAUAUAUUUCAAUAUAUAUUUGACAGUGUCUUACCAUCAUCCAUUUCCUCACUCUCUAUUCACAGUUUCAACGAUACCUCUGUACCAACUCCCAAUCUAACUGUCUUUCAACCACUCUCGCACAGUCUACAAAAGGUUGAUUUUCUAUUAGACUAUUCUCAUUUAGUACCCAUUCUAGAGUUGGUUCAAGCUUGUCCAUUGAUUCAACACAUUGUCAUCAAUAUUGGAUAUGUUCAAUCCCGUUUUCAUUCACACUAUCAACAUUGUCUAGCCGAUCUUUUUACUCAUGGGUUUCCACUACUCGUCAGAAUAUUCUCUUCGCCAUUGAGAAUGAUUCGUCAUUUUGAUUUACAGCUUCGUACAGCCGAUAAAUCAUCUGGACGAAUUGAAAAGGUACAUGGUGAAGAAGUACCUAAUCAAAUAUUUGGCUUUCUCAAAGAAGUAUUGUCACAAAAUUGCAAUCAUGGCAACAAUUUAGAGUUUAUUCGUUUCUGUAUCACUGGAAAUGCUCCAUUUAAUCCUCGCUUCAAAGUACCAUUGGUUUUCGAAAGAGAGGUCUCACCAAAAUAUCAUAUCACUGUAAGGGAUGAAUACUCUCCUCGUCUUUAUGAAUUUUCAACUUUAUUUUCAUUAAAAUAA